AUGACAUCUAUCUCAAAAAGCAGCUGGGGCUCCGGCCCACGGAAAUAUGCCUACAACAUCGACGCUGCGCGGGAACGGGAAAUGCACCUUUAUCUCCCAUACUGGGGGUUUUCACAGUCAGAGAAGUUCGCACAACAAUCAGUCGGCCGCCAUCCUAAUACAUCACGUGACAAUGUCUUGACUGUGUUUGCCCAGUUGGCGAGCCUGCGAUUGAAUGCAAAAAGAGCUCUGAUAUCUUUGUUUGACCGGACUACACAACAUGUGAUCGCCGAAUCUACACCUUCUCUCAGUCUGCGCGGUGGCGAAAAUGGUCAGGGAUCAGAAUCUCUAUGGAGCGGCGUACAGCAGCUUCCACGCCAGAACAUACCGAUGUGCAACCAAGCAAUGACUUUGUUUACGACUAAAGAAGUCGACAUGUUUAUGGUGGCAGAUCUUGUGGAAGAUCCACUUUUCCAGUCCCAUUCAUCUGUGACGGGCCCUCCCCACCAUCGAUUCUACGUUUCUGUUCCAAUAAAAGCACCGCACUCUUAUGUCAUUGGCAGCGUCGCAGUUCUGGAUGACAAGCCUCGCGAAGCCUUGACAGAUGAACAAAUUCAAUUUCUCAAGGAGAUGAGUGCUACUGUCAUGGAUCAUUUGCUCUCUCAGCGAGCAAUGCGGGAGGAAUACCGCGAAGAGAAAAUGGUCCGGGCCUUAGGCUUAUUUGUCCAGGGCAAAUCUGACUUAAGCGAAGGUAUCAACAGCCGAGAGUACUCAGAAGAUAAGUUCAAUUAUAUCGAUCAAAGACUCGACAAGCUUAAGUUGGCGGAUAGUCAACAAGAAAGGCGUAGCGACUCAGGGGAGAGGGGACGGCCAUCUGAAGCAUUUGAUGAAUUUCCAGACCCACAGAAAGAGUCUCAGAGGAGCCAAUCUCCCGUGCACACGUUCAAGGCCGAGGGAGAAGGCUUACGGGAGCCUAAAGAGAAGGAUGGGAAAAGUCAACGACCUCGAUUGUCUCCUACAACAAGCCAUCUUCAGCAAUCGCUCGCCCCAUCCAAUGUCCAGUCUGUUCUUAACCGUGCAUCCUGUCUAAUGGAUCAAGCAUUGGAUGUAGAGGGAGCUAUGUUCAUUGAUGCCACAGUUUAUGCUCGGCGCAAAAUGAUCGGUUCGGAUUAUGGUGGUGGGGAGGAUAGGGAUGAAAUCAGUUUCGAUCUAACAAUGGACACGGAUGCUAUGAGCGACGACGGAAUGAACGGGCCAAAAAGCCUUGUGCUGGGAUAUUCAACAUCUUUUGCCUCAAGCCGAGACGAUAAUGAGCAAGAUAAUCAUUAUGUCUCCUUGCCAGGCUCUUUCAUUGGUCAUUUGAUCGAUAGAUACCCGCGCGGGAAAAUAUUUCAUAUUGAAAAGGAUGGUUCGGUUGCAUUGAGCUAUGAGGGGCUCGCAGACGAAGUGAGCCAAACAUAUGCUCUAGGAGAAAGUAAAAUUAGGGAAGGAUCUCCAAGGGGAAAGAAGCUACAAGAAGAGACCUUAGAGAUCAAGCAUCUCCACGCGAUUCUUCCUGAGGCUCGGUGCAUAGCAAUAUACCCAGUAUGGGACUUCCAGCGCAGUCGUUGGUUCACCGUGAAUUUGGUUUGGACAAAUGAUCCAGGUCGUGUGCUAUCUGAGCCCAAAGAUUUAACAUACAUGGCAGCUUUCAGCAACAGUGUGAUGGCAGAGGUUUCACGAAUGGACCUAGAGGCUGCAGAUCGCGCAAAAGGAGAUUUUAUUUCCUCCAUCUCUCACGAACUCCGCUCGCCAUUACACGGCGUCCUCGGUACCGUGGAGCUACUUCAAGAGACUACCAACUCCUACACUCAGCGAGGUUUAUUGGAUACCGUGCAGAGCUGUGGUCGAACUCUGCUGGAUACUCUGAACCACCUGCUAGACUACGCAAAGAUAAACACCCUCGGAUCGUCACAAACAUCAAACCAUGAAGAACGAAACAAUAAUUCUCUCUCUCAAAUGGCUACACCAGGGCCGAUUCAUGACGAAGACUUAGGUUCCUUGGUUCAAGAAGUAGUGGAAGGCCUCCUGGCUGGACUCGAAUUCCACAGACGUGAGACUGACGCCGCCUCUGAGCCUCAGAAAAGGACUGUUUCAUCUAUUGAAAAUGACGGCCAAAAUCGUAUGAUCACGAUCGUUGAUAUUGAGUGGCAGGACAGCUGGCACUAUCCGGUUUACGCGGGUGCUUGGCGCCGGGUGGUGAUGAAUCUUUUCGGCAAUGCCAUGAAAUAUACGAAAUCAGGUUUUAUACGACUGGGAAUGCGAAAAGACACGCUUAUUGGGAAGGAUGACUCCCCCGUGUCUGCAGUUCGCCUCACAAUUAGCGACUCUGGCCGUGGCAUGUCUCAAGAUUUUCUGCUGCACCACCUCUAUAUUCCGUUUCUCCAAGAGGACACACAGGCUCCAGGACUUGGUGUGGGGCUUCACUUGGUCCAUCAGAUCGUAAAGUCACUAGGCGGUCAAAUAAAUUUCAACAGCGAAGUAGAUCGUGGCACUGAUGUCGAUGUGAUUCUUCCUGUCGAGACCUCAGGACCAGAGCCUCCUCCCCCUCCCCUUAUCAUGCCUUACGCCAUAGCCUGA